AUGCUGGUUCUGGAUGAAGCCGAUCGUACUUUUGAGGCGCCUCAAAAGUCAGAUGCUGGUUUUGAGGCGCCUCAAAAGUCAGAUGCUGGUUUUGAGGCGCCUCAAAAGUCAGAUGCUGGUUUUGAGGCGCCUCAAAAGUCAGAUGCUGGUUUUGAGGCGCCUCAAAAGUCAGAUGCUGGUUUUGAGGCGCCUCAAAAGUCAGAUGCUGGUUUUGAGGCGCCUCAAAAGUCAGAUGCUGGUUUUGAGGCGCCUCAAAAGUCAGAUGCUGGUUUUGAGUCGCCUCAAAAGUCAGAUGCUGACCUGGGCUUUGCAGCAGCACUCAACGCCAUUAUAGCCAACCUGCCGCCACCCCCCCACCGCCAAACGCUGCUCUUCUCCGCCACGCAAACCAAGUCCGUCCGAGACCUCGCCCGCCUCUCCCUCUCCUCGCCCGAAUACCUCUCUGUUCACGCCGCUAAGGCUGCAGCAGACGGUGAUGGUCGUGGAAGCUUCCCAGAAGCUGGACGUGCUAUGGAGUUUUUUAAGGAACCACCUGCAGAAGAAGACGGUCGUUUUCCUGAGCAGCUGCAAGCAGGUGGGUGUGUGAACAGCAUGCUGCCUCGCCUCUCCCUCUCCUCGCCCGAGUACCUCUCUGUGCACGCCGAGGCCAAAGGGGCGACGCCGUUGCGGUUGCAGCAGACGGUGAUGGUCGUGGAAGCUUCCCAGAAGCUGGACGUGCUGUGGAGCUUUCUGAGGAACCACCUGCAGAAGAAGACGGUCGUUUUCCUCAGCAGCUGCAAGCAGGUGAAAUUCGUGUUUGAGGCGUUCAGAAGGCUGAGACCCGGAAUAGCGCUGAAGCUGCUGCACGGGCGGAUGAAGCAGAUGACCCGCCUUCUGUGCCCCCCCUCCCCCUUGUCUGUUCCACUUAUGCAGAAGGUUAAGACCCGGCAUAGCAUUGAAGCUGCUGCACGGGCGGAUGAAGCAGAUGACUCGCCUGCGUGGCCUCUCUCUUGUACACCAUCCGAACCUCCAGUGUCCGCCCACCCCUGUCUGUCUGUACCACUUAUGCAGGUGAAGUUUGUCUUCGAAGCGUUUCGCCGGUUGAGACCCGGCAUAGCGUUGAAGCUGCUGCACGGUCGGAUGAAGCAGAUGACCCGCCUGGCGUCCUUCCAUGACUUUUGCGAAUCAGACCAUGCCGUGCUGUUCGCAACGGAUGUUGCUGCCAGGGGAUUGGACUUCCCUGCUGUCGACUGGGUUGUGCAGGCGGACUGCCCUGAUGACGUGGCAACAUACAUUCACCGGGUCGGUCGCACGGCCAGGUUCAAUGCAUCUGGACGCUCGCUGCUGCUGCUCGACCCCUCUGAGAAAGCCAUGCUGCCACUGCUGGAAGCGGCCAAAAUUCCGUUUUCUCUAACCAAGAACUUUUUCUUCUCCUUCCUUUUUGCUCUGAUCAGUUUGUUGACUCUUUCCAGGAAGCAGCGCAAGAAGCUUCUCUCGGGCCCAGGCCGACAUGGCGGCACGCGAUUGGUCUUCGACGACGAGGGUAAUCCGCUGCCGCCCCUCGCGGCCCUAGCCCCUAGCCUUGGAAAAGGACAAAAACGGAGGGCGGCGGCGGAGGAGGAUGCUGAGCUGGCAGCUGCCGCCCUUGCCUUGGAAAAGGACAAAAACGGAGGGGCGGCGGUGGAGGAAGGGGGGGAUGCGGCUGGGAAGCGGUCGGCGGGGGAGGAUGCUGAGCUGGCAGCUGCCGCCCGGGCAGCUGAGGAAAGAUUUCGGCAGCUGCGGGAGGAGAUGCAGCAGAAGGAUUUGGAGGACCGGGCAGCUGAAAAGAGCGCAGGGGGAGUGAUGAUGAUGAUGAUGAUGAUGAUGAUGAUGAUGAUGAUGAUGAUGAUGAUGAUGAUGAUGAAUGAUGAUGAUGAUGAUGAGGAUGAUGAUGAUGAUGAUGAUGAUGAUGAUGAUGAUGAUGAUGAUGAUGAUGAUGAUGAUGAUGAUGAUGAUGAUGAUGAUGAUGAUGAUGAUGAUGAUGAUGAUGAUGAUGGUGAUGAUGAUGAUGAUGAUGAUGAUGAUGAUGAUGAUGAGAUGAUGAUGAUGAUGAUGAUGAUGAUGAGAGUGAGGAGGAAGAGGAGGAAGGAGGAGGAGGAGGAGGAGGAGGAGGAAGAGGGGGAUUUGAGGAGGGGGAGAGGCAAAGGGAAGAGGGGUGGUCGCAGUGGAAGUGUGACUAUAGCGAGGGUGAGAGUGAGGAAGAGAGGGAGUCUGAAAAGGGUGGCGUGCAAUGGAACGAAAGUGAUAGUAUGGACGAACAGGAAAGGGAGGAGACUUUGGGUUAGAUUCCAGUGGAGAUGA